CAGGAGGCUGGGCCGCGCCGGGCCGCAGCCGGGCCGCCCUGCUCCGCCUCGGUGUCUCCAGACCCAGGGAUGCGGAGGCGAGCGCCAUGAGCUGGCGGUCCGGCUCCCGCGGCGUGGUCCUCACCGCCUACCACCCCAGCGGCGGGGCCGGGGACGCCGCCGGCGGCCGUCGGUCUGGACAGUAUACAAUGAACCAUGACCAUUCCAAGAAGAUCCCCGAUGGAGCAUCGUUUGACCGCUCAGGAUCCCAGGACUCCUUGGAUGAACUGUCUAUGGAUGACUACUGGAAAGAGCUUGAAAACAUCCAUGAAACCAGAGGAAAUAAUCACGAGGAACGAGUAGCACUUGUAGUGAAAGAGCCAGAUGAGGGAGAGCUGGAAGAAGAAUGGCUGAAGGAGGCAGGUUUGUCGAAUCUGUUUGGAGAGAGCUCUGGCGACUCCCAGGAAAGCAUGGUGUUUUUAUCCACACUGACCCGAACUCAGAAAGCUGCGGUGGAAAAGAGAGUAGAGACCGUCACACAAACCAUGAGGAAAAGAAACAAACAGCACCAGAUUCCUGAUGUCAGAGAUAUCUUCAGGCUACAGAAUGACUCAAAGGGAAAAGUCUGUGAUGGAAGUGAACCUUCAGCUGUGAGAACAAGUGAAAACAAAAAUGAAACACAUGAUGGAACAAAAGGUCCAAAGUUCAGUCUUGGAACAGAUGAGCAGAAGAGCCUGCUUGAAGACAUGCCGUCUUCAGACACUGACAUCAAUUUGGAGAUAUCAUUUGCAGAACAGGCAGCUAAUCUCAAAGACAGUUCAGCAGGCAAAAUGUACAAAGGUGGAGGUGGUGACACUCUUCUCCCGAAUUUCAGACUGCCGAAGGACAAAACAGGUACCACAAAGAUUGGUGACCUAGCCCCUCAGGACAUGAAGAAAGUCUAUUCUUUAGCACUGAUUGAAUUAACUGCUCUCUAUGACAUACUUGGGACAGAAUUCAAACAGCAAAAAGCUGUAAAAAUCAAAACCAAAGACUCUGGCUUGUUUGGUGUCCCACUGUCACUUUUACUGGAACAGGAUCAGAAGAAGGUCCCAGGAACCAAGAUCCCACUGAUUUUUCAGAAGCUGAUUGCCCAGAUAGAAGAGACAACUCUGGAAACAGAGGGACUUCUUAGAAUACCAGGAGUUGCAACGAGAGUAAAGGGUCUUUGCCAAGAACUGGAAGCAAAAUUUUAUGAAGGGACUUUCAACUGGGAAAAUGUGAAGCAACAUGAUGCAGCAAGUCUUUUAAAACUCUUCAUCCGUGAACUGCCUCAGCCACUCCUCACCGUAGAAUAUCUCAAAGCUUUCCAAGAUGUGCAGAAUCUCCCAACGAGGAAACAGCAACUGCAAGCUUUGAAUCUUUUGGUUAUCCUUCUACCUGAAGCAAACAGAGACACCCUGAAGGUACUGCUUGAAUUCCUCCAAAGGGUAAUUGAUCACCGAGACAAAAAUAAGAUGACGCUGAAGAAUGUUGCGAUGGUGAUGGCCCCAAACCUUUUCACCUUUCAUGGGCUUGGCUCAAAGACUAUUGAACAAAGCGAGUUUGUCAUGGCAGCUGGGACAGCAAACGUCAUGCGCUUUAUGAUCCAGUACCAAAAACUCCUCUGGACAAUUCCGAAGUUUAUUGUUAACCAAGUAAGAAAACAAAACACCGAAAGCCAGAAGAAGGAGAAAAAGGACAAAGCUAUGAAGAAACUUCUGAAAAAGAUGGCAUAUGACCGGGAAAAGCAUGAGAAACAGGAGAAGACUCCUAAUGACACUGAUGUUCCUCAGGGAGUGAUACGGGUGCAAGCGCCUCAUCUUUCCAAAGUUUCCAUGGCAAUACAGCUGACAGAAGAACUGAAAGCUGGUGAAAUAGUAGCCAGGUUUCUCAGCCAGAAAAGUGGAAAUGUCCAAACACUCAAGAAAGAAGAGAUCUUUCUUUAUGAAAUAGGAGGAAAUAUUGGAGAACGCUGCCUUGAUGAUGAUACCUACAUGAAGGACCUGUACCAGCUCAACCCAAAUGCUGAGUGGGUUAUAAAACCUAAGCAGAGCUAAGAUCACAACUAAUGGCAAAACCUCCAACCUGUGGACUUCUGUUGUACAGCUGAAUGUUUCAAAGGGAUAGUGUGUCCUUUCAACAUUCAAUCAUUAUGUAUAUUAAUAGAACUUUCUCCAGUUAAAAAAAAAAAAAAGGCAAUGUGACCCAACAGUUGUAACCAGUAAACUUUCAGUUUUACUUGCAGCAAAAUUUUGGUGAUAGCACAAUUUUCCCACUCAUGUUUGAAACGAGCAUAAGUACCUUAUAUAUUUUAUAUAUAAGUACCUUAAAUAUUUUAAUGGCACUAAGCUACCUCCCAUAUGGUAGGUCUUGUUUAAGAAGAAUUUAUUUUUCAAGCAGGUGUUUAAACUCUUUGUAUUAGAGACCUACAAACUGUUUGUGUAGCAUUUUGUGUUCAAAUAGGUCUUUUCAAUGCUAAUACAAUAGAGAACCAAAUCCUGAUCAGCACUUCUGAAUGGUACAGUAUUAAAAAAUAACCUGAGCGAGUCAUAUGAAUUUCCCAAAUAAGUGUGAAUUUCACUGGAAAAAACUGCAAUGCAAUGUAUUUUGUCUUUGGAAGUCCUAAUUUAAAGUUUGAUGAAAACUAUUUAAAAAUAACUGUGAAGAUGCUUUCUAUGCAGCUUUUUUGCUAGAUCUUUUAAGUAAUUUUAUUUUUACUCCAGUUGAUUGUGCUCUUGAGAUUAUUACAAAAAAAAAAAAAAGGAAGAAAAAAAAAAAAGGAUCAUGUGACAAGGUGAGUCUUUUUAAAGCUCACUACUGUUGGCAUUGUCCUUUCUGGCACAUUGUCAUGCACUAGAAAAACCUUUUAGGUAUUUCAGCAGUGAUUGCAGCCAUGUUACAUACACCGAUUUCAGGUUUUUUGGACCUCUGAUAGAUUGAAUUUUGUAACUGCCAAAACUUUUAAGUUACUAGCAUAAUAAAAACUUUCAGGAAAAAUAAAAUAACUGUGGAAGGAAACUGUAGUCUCAGUUUCAUAGGUAGCAAACCACUAAACCUUUCACUCAAAACCAGUGUAAGGGUCUACUGUGGGUAUUACUUACCAUUGGCUUUAUAUCUGGUUUAUCCUGGACAAGGUUAGAAAUCGAGUUCUGAUUUCCCUGAUGCUGAUAGGUGCUGUCUAAACCACUUCAAAAAUUAGUGCUCCAACAGAGAGCUAUUGCAAAUCCAUGCCUUUUCAGGAAAGGACUGAAAGCUCCCCAUGGAAUUCACUGAUAAUGAAUUAUAGACUGAGGAGGCAUGUCGCAACACAAAGGGCCAUGGCCUGGAGCUCCAGAGCCCCAGUUCCACAGCCACACUUCAGGCUCACUAGCUUGUGUGCCACUUCACAAUUUAUUUGUAAACUAGCUCAGCUGUCCUCAAGUGCUUACACCUUCCUGCUGACUAUCUGAAGUAACUACUGUGAAAUUGUAUCCCUGGAAUGAAAUACUUUUUCAGUGCACACAGAGAUUUGUAUUGACCUCAUAGGGAGUAUUCUACUUGCAAUCAAGUACUGAAUGACAUUAUUUUACGUGAUCAAAGCUGAUUAAAGGAAUAAAGGACCUUUCUGCUGA